AUGAUGUCAAUUCCUCAUGGUAUGCUGAUCUACAACAAUGAUAUCACAGCCGAUAGCUUAGUAGACACCAAAGGCACUCGCAAGAUAACCGAGGAAAUCUCAAGCAAGAUGCCAAAUUCUUCACUGUUUAAACUGGAUAAGGAGGAUCACACAUUAGCUAAUCUUCUCCGCAUGAAACUGCAUGAGGAUGCACUGGUGCAUAUUGCGGGCUAUCGUGUUCCCCACCCGACGCAGCACCGCGUAGAACUUCGUGUGCAAACUUCAUCUGAUGGAUCAGGUCGCCCCAUUCCUUCCCCGAAGGAUGCUUUAUUGAAGGCGAUUGAUGCAUGCAUGCAAGAUCUUCAAAGCUUUGAAGAGCAACUCCGCUGGGAGGCACAGUCAAAGGGCAUGAGUACGGAAUAA